AUGCGCGCACACCUUCUCCAACGCACCAUCCGCGCCGCAGCCCACGCCGGCGCCACUGCACCUCGGUCCGCUAUCGUUGCCCUGCCCCGCCUCGCCCCACCUCGCCACUUCAACUCGUCGUCGUCGUCGUCGUCGUCGUCGUCGUCGCCGUCGCACGGCAGCGCAGCCAACCGGCCUUCGCCGCUCAAGACCGACCAGGGCGCAACGGGCCCGGACCAGCGCACCUCCAACGCAGCGGGCCCCUCGGGCGUCGCACCAGACGCAGUCCUCUCGGACCCCUACCCGCUCCCGCUCUCGCCCGACGUCGUCGACCUCAACAAUGCAGACUCGGGCCCCGAGUCCAAGUGGGCCGGCGUCAACCUCGCAUCCGACCGACAGAACAUCGACGGCGUAGACGCACCCAUGCGCGUACCCGGCCGCGACGGCGAGGAGCGCAACGUCAAAAUCGCCCGCCUCAUCUACCAGUGCAGAAAGAGGGGCACCCUCGAGACCGACCUCAUCCUCAGCACUUUUGCACAAAAGGAGCUCCAGGCACUCCCCGAUCAGGAGCUCGACGAGUUUGACCGCCUCCUCGACGAGCCCGAUUGGGACAUCUUCUACUGGUGCACCCGCCGCAAGCCCUUCCCGGAGCGCUGGCAGCACUCGUUCCAGACCGAGGGCAAGCUCGGCUGGAGGCUCCUAAAGCACACAAAGAACGAGGAAAAGGCCGUCCGCUGGAUGCCCGAACUCAAGGACCUCGACGCAAAGCAGUAG